ACAAGCCCCUUGCGCUGGCCUCUCAACGCUUGGGGCAGAACCGUUGGUGGUGGCGCAGUGAGAGGACGGCCCAACUGUCAUCUUGCAGAGUAGACCCCCGAGAGAGCUCUAAGCGCCUAAAGUUUCAAAGACACCUUUAAAAUGGACCAUCCCCGCAAGUUUGAACACCAGGACAUCAGCUACCAGAGCCUCGGAAUUGAUACGUCUUCAGAAAAAGCUAAAGAAGUGAUGCCACCUAUGAUCAGUGUUGAGGGAGGAAAUGAUGGUGGUGACCAACUUUGGCCUAAAUCUGAUUUGGGAAGAGCGACAGGAGAAGACAGUAGUUUUGUGGGUGCAGGAGCGUCCGGAGGCAAAAACAAGGGCUACGGUGACCAGGACCAGCCAACUCUACCUGCAGAAACCAGGAUCCAACAUUUGCAGGACGAUGCUGACAUAAUCAUGAUCUGCAGAGCCUUCAGCCAGCUGAAACUUGAAGAUCUGGACCACGUCUUCCAACGCACUCAGUUCCCCAACAUCUUUGUGAGAAACGAAGUUGGAAUGCCGACAAGUGUUGAACCUGAAGCUGAAUCCGUUGGGCACAGUGAACCGGAAGAGAUGCUCAAGCAGUCAUUCUAAAAGGUUCGGGAGAGAUAACUCAACAGUCAAGAGGAUCCAGAUUCAAAUUCCAGAAUGUAACAUGAUGGCUCCCAACGACCUUUACCUCCGGUUUCAGAUUUGACACUCUUCCGGUUUCCCUGUGCAUAUGGUCCAUCCACACAGGCAAGAAAUCCAUAUAUGCAUUUUUAGAUUAAAGCAUA